AUAUAGCUAACAUUGUAAAUAAGAGUAAAAUAAUUAUGUAAAAUCAUUUGCUAAUCAUAGAAUUUCUUAUCCGCGCUUGUUUAAGUUUGCCGUACUGCUCUUUGUCAGGAAAUUCUAGUCGUUAUCUUAUCUUGUUUAAUGAACUGGAAUUUAUGAACAUUUAUGAACUGAAAAAUUUAAAGGUGUUCCUAAAUCUAUUAUCUGUUGCCUUUCAACACGACAAUAACGAAAUUCUUUAAUAUUGCAGUAAAAUUUGUAUAGUUUAUAAAAAUGAUAUUAAAAUGUGUUAUACUGAUCGGAGGUCCAUCAAAAGGAACCAGGUUCAGACCUCUUUCUUUGGAUAUACCAAAACCAUUAUUUCCAAUUGCUGGAUUACCAAUGAUCCAGCACCAUAUAGAAGCAUGUUCAAAGGUGAAAAAUCUUAGUGAAAUAUUAAUAAUUGGAUCAUACCUUGCAAGUGAUUUAUCUCAAUUCAUCGAAGAAAUGGGAAGCACUUAUAAUAUAAUCAUUAGGUACCUUCAAGAAUUUACACCUUUGGGAACUGCAGGAGGCUUGUAUCAUUUUCGUGACCAAAUACGCUCUGGUGGUCCUACAUACUUCUUUAUAAUGAAUGGUGAUGUCUGUGCUGAUUUUGCUUUGCAAGAAAUAGUUGAAUUUCAUACAGAGAAACAAGCAUUGCUAACUAUCAUGGCUACAGAAGCAACAAGACAGCAAUCUUUAAAUUAUGGUUGUAUGGUCCUUGAUAAAGAAGGAGCAGUUGCUCACUAUGUAGAGAAACCAUCAACAUUUGUUUCAACUUUAAUAAACUGUGGAAUCUAUCUUGCUUCAUUAGAUAUUUUUCAAACAAUGGCUGAUGUUUUUUAUGCAGGACAACAGCAAGAGAAUCUUACACAGUUCAAUGGUAAUGGUAAAGAUCCAGCUCAUAUAUCUCUGGAACAUGAUAUAUUAACGCGUUUAGCUGGAACUGGUCGUUUAUUUGCUUUACCUGUUAUGAGAUGGUGGUCACAAGUUAAAACAGCAGGAUCAGCCAUAUAUGCAAAUCGACAUUAUUUGGCUCUUUACAAAGCAAAGCAUCCAAACCGCCUUGCUCCUGUGGUUGAUGGCUCCUAUCAGAUUAUUGGUGAUGUUUAUAUUCAUCCUUCAGCAACUGUACAUUCAACAGCAGUGUUGGGUCCAAAUGUGAGCAUAGGUCCGAAUGCUGUCAUUGCUCGUGGUGUUAGAAUAAGAGAGUCAAUUAUAUUAGCUAAUGCGCUCAUACAAGCACAUUCUAUUGUUUUACAUAGUAUAGUUGGGAAGAGCAGCUAUGUAGGAGAAUGGGCACGUAUAGAAGGAACACCUUGUGAUCCAAAUCCUGAUAAGCCAUUUACAAAAAUGGAAAACUUACCUCUAUUUAAUAUUAAUGGAAAGCUCAACCCUUCUAUAACAAUUCUCGGUACUAGUGUACGUUUAGCAGCUGAAAAAAUUAUACUAAAUUCUAUUGUCCUACCGCAUAAAGAACUAACAAGAAAUUUUAAAAAUGAAAUUAUUCUUUAAGGUUGUAUUUGAAUUUAAUUAAGGUAUUUGCAGUAUGAUACUUUAAUUACAAGUUAUACAUGUUGUUUCUUGUUAAUUUUUAUUGUAUAUAUUAAAAAAUAUUACGUGGCGAAAUAUUUAUAAUAGCACAAAAAUCAGUAUUUUUUAUUAAGAAACUGAUAUUGCACAACAGAUACAUUUAUAAAGUAUUUAUACAGAUGUAAAUGUUUUAUAACGACUUUGUUGUACAUAAUUGCUGAUUUGUAUAUUUUUC